AUGGCCAAGAGGGAACACGAAGAAAGCCAGGGGUCAAAGCCGAAAAAGAGAAAGUUUGGCAAUGUUUCCAAACUACUCGAUCCAAACACUGCUGGGAUAUAUGCCACUUGUGUUAGAAGGAAGGAGAAAUUAGCACGCCAGGAGUUGAUGAAUAUCUUGCUGGAAAAGAUUGCCGAAGUUUUCAAUCUCGAGGAAAAAGACGAGCAAGAAGAAGAAGAAGAAGAAGGAGAUGCAAGAAAUGGACAGGAGUUGUCGGUGGAGGAGAAAAUACAAAAGGAACUACUGGAGUUGAAAGAGCUGGACAAAUCCAAAACGAAUUUGCUCCAACCAAUGGAGCUCGACGUUGAAUGCGUGAUAUUUAUCAAAACCAAGAAACCCGUUGAUCCUCAGGUCUUGGUGCAGCGGGUAGUACGAGAUUGCCACGACUCCGGUGUGAAAACCACACGGUAUACGCAGAAACUCAUGCCUAUAGUAGACUCGUGUACAGCCACGGGGGAUGAGCCUCAAGAGCAAUUGCGACAAUUGGCGAAACGGGUCCUCAAGCCUCAUUUCCAUUUGGAUGAAGACCAGAAACCGGUCAAGUUUGCUAUCCAGGUGGACAGGAAGAACUUCAACAUAAUGAAGCCGGAAGAGAUGAUCAAAGUUAUUGCCGAAAGUGUAGGACGUGAGCACGGACAUUCUGUUGAUUUGAAGAGCUAUGAUAAGUUGAUACUUGUUGAAUGCUACAAGAACAAUAUCGGGAUGAGUGUUGUUGAAGAUUAUCUCAAGUAUAGCAAAUUCAAUUUGCAGCAAAUAUUUGACAAAUCGGUGGAAUAG